AUGGGGUGGAACUCUUUCUACCCUUCGGGUUGUGAGGCUAACGUAAAUCGUAAGGAUCUGUUGUGGCAUGCAGACUUAAUGGAUCAGAAGGGAUUCAUUAAAGCAGGAUACAAAACGUUUAUAGUUGAAUGUGGAUGGGAAAGAGAUCUAAAGAUAAAGGAGGAUUACAAGAUAGAAUGGAGACCUUGGAAAAAAGCCUACUAUAGCCUACAAAGGCCAGAUAAUUCUGAUACUCUUGCUGCAAAUUUGAACCCAAAAGGACUGAGUCUUGGUGUUGGCACAUGGGGAGGGACACAAAUAUGCCCCAGAACCAAAGAUGAGGGAUCUGGUGUAAAGCCUUUGAGAAAUGCUGAUGAUUAUUUAACCUAUUUGGUGAAUGUUCGUCGUGUUGCCUAUCUUUCACACAGACCUUGUGACUGGGCAUCACCAGGAAGAUUGCAAAACAUUGACCAGGCCACAGAAUUGAAUGGACGCUAUAUUGAAAUGGAAAACAUAAUAAGCCGUCAUGCUUUCCAGAAUAAAAUGUUUUAUGCCACUGGACAGUGGGGUGCUUCACCACAAGCCAGCAAGACUGAAGUCAACAGUCAGAGAAUAGCAGAUGAUAAUGUUGACAGCUGGAAUUCUUUCAUCAGGACAAUCAAUGCACUUUACCCAUAUUCCCUACAGAAUCAGGGCCCAUACAAUGACCUUGGAUGGCUCCAAGUGGGUGAUAAUAAACUAUCAAUGGUUGAGAAGAUAACUCAAUUUUCAUUUUGGGCAGCGGCAAAAUCUCCCCUCAUAUUCUCAAGCGACAUCUCCCGUCUUGGACAAGCUGAAAUUGAUAAUUUGCAAAAUCCAGGGGCAAUUGCUAUAAAUCAAGAUGAUCUAGGCCAAACCAUAACCUUAAAACACCGAUAUCCUGCUGAUAUGGAUGUAUGGAGUGGGCCUUUGAAGGAUGGAAACACAGUUGCAGGGGUAAUAAAUGAAGUUUAUACCAGCAAAGUUGAGGCGCAUGGAAGCUUGUUCCUAAAGCUAACUGAAACUAAGCCAGCUCCUGAAAAGAAAUUCAUAACCUUCCCAGCUGAACAAGCUGAGAUGAUUGGUUCAGCACAAAUAAGAUCAACCUCCCGUGGGGUUAAAGUGGUAUCAAAUCUCCAGGCUGAUGGGAAAAGUGCAUUGCGCUGGAAUAAUGUUCCUGGAUCAAAAAGUGGUUGGACUCUAGUCAAAUUGGCUUACAUCAAUGCUGAGCUAUCACCAGGAAAUAUGGAUGAUUCAAAAUUGAACUUCAAGCACACUUCCAUUGUUAUAAACGGGAACAAUGAAAGCCCAUUUUAUGCUGAUAUGCCUAUCACUGGACUGACCUGGGAUGAUAUGGCCGAAGGAUUUCUUGUGUCACUUCCACUAAAACCUGGGAAUGACAACACCAUCCUUAUUCGGGGAGAAGCUGGGCAACCUGCACCCGACUUUCAUUUGUUAUCAGUAGAGCAAACAGAAUAA